UAUGUUUAUUGCCUAUCAUAAGUAAUUGGAAUACUACUUUUCUAUUAUAUUUCAACUUUUCUAAGAUCGUAAGGCUGACAACCUCGGUUUUUUCUACUAGGCAGGAGUAUGUGGUGAUACUGCCUCAUACGCCGGCUACGUAGAAUUUUUGCCUAAUUCUAUGAAGGGGAUUUCACACGACUAUCCUAUCAAUACAUUCUUCUGGUACUUUAAGUCCCAGAAUGAUCCCCAAAAUUCUCCUCUGGUUAUAUGGAUGAAUGGGGGACCAGGUGCUUCGUCUCUGUAUGGCCUUUUCACAGAGAACGGUCCUUGUCACAUCAACCGUGAUCUUGCGCCGGAAGUAAACCCCUGGUCUUGGAAUAGACACUACAAUGUACUUUAUGUCGAUCAACCGGUCCAAACAGGCUUUAGUUAUGAUGUCCGUACCAGCGGCCUCCUUGAUCUUGAGACUGGCAACAUAGUCCUCUCGGAUCCCGAUGAUCCAGGAAACAAUACUUUUAUCCCGGGUAACUUCAGCAGUCAAAAUGUCAAGUCGACUGCAAAUACCACUGAAAUAGCGGCUAUACAUUUCUGGAACUUUCUUCAGUCGUGGACAAAGAAUUUCACCGAGUACAACACCAGCGACAAUUCGAUUAGUAUCUGGACGGAAUCCUACGGUGGACGGUAUGGGCCAAGCUUCUCUGCCUUCAUCCAAGAGCAAAACCAUCGGAUUCAGAGCGGCUCUUUGACUGAGGCUGAGACUCUUAACCUCACAAUACUUGGCAUCGUAAAUGGAUGUAUUGAUCUGUUCGUUCAAGAAACGGCCGGCCUAGACUUUGCCCAUGACGCGAAUCCUUAUAAUAUUUCCGGUAUUACCGACGAGGAAUAUUUGGGUGCAUUCGAUGCAUACUGGCGAGCAGGAGGUUGCCAAGACCAAAUCGAAGACUGUCUUAGUCUCGCGAAAGAUUUGGACCCAGACAUGUAUGGCAACAAUGCCGAAGUCAAUAAAGUAUGCGAGGAUGCAAGCGAUUUCUGCCAAAAUAAUGUGGAGGGCCCUUAUUUAUAUCGUAAGAAGUCGGCAUUUUAUGACAUUGCACAUUGCUACUUGGACGCGUUCCCCGGAAAUGAAUAUUUGGACUACCUUGCCAACCAUGAUAUACUUGAAAAGCUGGGUGUACAUGUCAACUACACUGAUAUAUCGAAUAUCGUCGGAAAGGCAUUCAACGCUACAGGAGACUACACGAGGAGGGAUCCAAAGGGCUACCUCGAAGAUAUCGGUACGCUCCUAGACUCAGGUAUACAAGUAGCCAUAAUGAAUGGCGAUCGAGAUUAUGCUUGUAACUGGAUCGGUGGCGAACGCGUUAGUCUUAACGUAAGCUACGGGCAGAGCGACAAAUUCAAGAAUUCUGGGUACGCCGACGUGAUUAUACCCGGUUCCACGCCGGUAGGACAAGUACGCCAACAUAACUUGUUCUCCUUCACCCGUGUCUACCAGUCUGGUCAUAUGGUCCCCGCAUAUCAACCGGAAGUGGCCUACGCAAUUAUGAGCCGAGCCAUGCAACAGAGGGACCUCGCUACGGGUCGUAUCAUCGUAACUGAGGAUUACUCGACGAGCGGCUCUCCUAACUCGACCGUUAUCCUUGAAGCGCCUCCCGUUCCUUCAGUCACAUGCUACUUGAGGGGGAUGGGCGCCACAUGUGCGGAUAACCAGAUCCAGGCCAUAAAAGACGGGAGUGCUAGCAUAGACAAUGGCGUAAUAGUAUCACCAACCCCUUCACCAGCUCUGUGUCCUGACCUUCCUAACAGCUUCGGCACUGUGAGGAUGGGAGCAAAAGGCGAGGAUACAUCCUUGCUGGGACACGAAGAACUUUGAACAAAGCGAAGACUGGACUACUGAUAGCUAGAAGUUCUGUCCUAGAUGCCUCAGAGGUCCGGGGAUUUAACAGGCAAGGAAAUGAAAGGUAAGACCAAAGGAAUUAAGAUAAUUGUUGCUGAAGUCUAUAUACAUCCUGUUAGGGAUAAAUGCAAGGCUAUCAACUAACCCUACAGGGUUAGGAAUGCUACCCUAUUUAUACACUCAUUAGAUAGCUAGCUAGAACUUACUUUCCUAGACAUACAAUAUACUAUUGAAAUACUCAUACAAUA